CUGCCUUCCUUUCUCCUUCCCUCUCUUCUCUUCAUCCAUCACAGCAGCAGCAGUAGCAGCAGCAACUAUCCCCUUUUUCCUUCUGCCCCCAUCCUCGAGACCCAUCAACCUACACAUCUACACACCUACACACAUCCAUACCUACACACUUUCGUACUUACACACUUUCACACAUACAUUGACACUACCCUUCCUCAAGCCAUACCCUCGAAUCGCUACCCAUUGAGAUCCGCCUCCAUGUUUCUUCAGGCAGGGAACCCGCUCUUUGGGGCGCCUCCGCCUGCGUCGAACGAUAUACAGGAUCUUUUCAUGUGCGAGUCCUACUUUGACGAGUACACCACCACGGGAUCGACCCUCGAUGCCAAUGCCGCCGCCAACUUGCAGCAGCAGUUACAGCAGCAGCAACUCCUCCACCAGCUCACGCUGCAACAGCAGCAACAGCACCAGCAACAGCAGCAGCAACAUCGACAACAACAACAACAACAGCAACACACGGCGCCGUUCUCUUUUGAGCUCCAUCUCCAGUCAUUUCUCACCUCGAAUGCUGUACAGCAGCAACAGCUGCAGCAACAGCAACAACAACUGCAAGCCCAACAGGAACAACAACAACAGCUCCUCAAUUCUCAGACCCAAUUGGCAGCCUUUCGCUGGGCACUCGCCCAGGCCAGUGCCAAUACCAAUACCAAUAUUCUUACAACUGGUGCUGUCAAUUCUGGUCUUACCGCCAUUGCUGCCACAUCCCCCUCUGACUCUGGUGCAUUCUUUAGUUCGCCUGAUAUGAUGACCUCGGCACUUUCACCUGAGUCGGAUACAUUGAUGCUCCCUACCUCACCUGGAACAUUGUCCUCGGGCGAGGACGGUGUCAUGCUCUCUCCUUUGCUUCUGUCCACGUCAUCGGUAUCUGGCAGUGCUAUUAUACCUGCUGUUGCUGCCUUGCAAGGGUCCACCCCAAAGAUCAAGUCAGAGAAGGCCUCUACAAAAUCCGCGAAGCGCCAGUCCAUGGAUGAUGGCACUGAUGCCGAAGCCAAGACCUCAAUGCCGGCAGCUGCAAAGAGAUCUAAAAAGGCUGCCACGACCACCAAAGCCGGGAAUACAACAGCCCCAAAGAAGCCAAGGGCAAAGAAGAAUUCAAAGGCAGGAUCGGACCAGAGCGACAUGGAGAUGUCGGUCAGUUCCUCAGUGUCGGUCGCAUCUACAGCACCUUCGCCCCAGACAUUGGCAUUGCAGCUCCCCACGUCUCUUGCUGGCUCAACAACCCCGGGAAUGACAUCUGCUGACUUGUCUGCAACGUCCACACCGGACUUCUUCCAAUCGUUGCCACUCCUGCCAAUUACACCAACAUCUGGGAUCACGCAACCCGCCUCACCAGGGAUGAUUCCUUUUGGACAGCCUCUCUGGAAGAUGGUGCUCCCGCCAACAGUGCCUUUGACCCCUACUGGAUUCGACUCGACAUUUACUGGAACCAUAAUGCCCGGUCUUGAAAUGUCUCCAGCAGCGGCGGCGUCAGUUACGGCAGCAGUAUCCUCAACAGUGGUUCCGCAACAGCCUUCGGCAUCAUCGCAACCCGGACAGCCAUUGCAGCCAGGCCAACCCCAGUCUGUUCAGCAAAAGAUUCCUAUCACUCGCCUCAAGCCCCCUCAGGCGCUUGUAGCACCGACACCAGCACCUCUUAGCGCCCAGGGGCCUCAGCCGACAAAGCAGCAGAAGAAGGUCGCUCACAACGCCAUUGAGCGUCGAUACCGCAACAAUAUCAAUGAUCGCAUCAAUGAUCUGAAAAAUGUUGUCCCUGCACUCUGCAACAUCAAGACCAAGGAUGAAAAGGAUGAUGAUGACGAUGACGAGCCUCAGGAUGCAGACGGUGUGGCAAGAGCGACCAAGCUAAACAAGGCGACCAUAUUGAGAAAGGCAACGGAAUAUAUUAUCGUUCUACAGAAGCGGGAGAAUGCGACAAAGACAGAAAAUGCACUUCUACGCCGACUCUUGACUUCGCUCCCUGGAGGCAUUGAUCUGAUGGAACAGCAUCAGGCAGAACUCGCCAACUCCAGUGAAGAAUCUUCGCCAGCGCCCGAGUCUUCGUCUGAGGAUUCCAACGCAGAGCCUACCACACCGCCGCCAAUGUCGACUUCGUCUGCGGGAACGAGUCGUGUUCUGAUGGCUGUCUUUAUGUGCGCGACAUUUUUUAGUUCUCCGGAAGGCUCAGGAGUCAACAGAGUCAUUAUGGAUGACGGCCAGGGCGCUGGUCGCGCCAUGAGCUCUUCGUCACAAGUCAUCGGAAACACUCCUUCGAUUAGCAGCACUGUUGGCAUCAACGUCUGGGACCCACUUGGCGUUGUGGCGUGGGAUACUUGGGCGGCCCUUCGCGCAUUUUUGUUUAUGGGGUGUCUCCUGGCCCUGGUCUGGCCUUCGUACUCGCGUCGCGGCUCCUUCGCUCAGUCCAAGUUCCCAGUGAUGCCGAAGUCUUCGUCGCCUACCCAAGUCUACACGACGCUUUCUGGACUUGUACCUAAAGUCAUUCCGUCAUCCUAUUUCAGACUCUUCUUCGCGCUGUCCCUGGAACUGUGGCGCUGCCUCUGGAUCCGACUUGGAAUUUAUCCCGACCUCACAGAUAUGGUCCGUCCAGAUAUCUGGGCUCGUGUCGUGGAAGCACAGAUGUCUGGUGGAGCAAGCUCCUCCGUUAGUCGCUUCAUGCUUCUUUACACCAUCGUCAGGACCCUGGAUGAGUACACAAACGCUCGUCGACAGCCGCCUGCCCGUGUCUCCGCUACGGCAGCCCUUGCCUUCUACAUUUCGCUACGCAAGGCCGCAAAUCCUCUGGCGACUCUUGUGGCACAACAGUUUAUGGAAUCGGCCCGCUAUACGGCCAAGAUCUCGGGUAUCAGUCAAGACCGAUGGCUGGAGAGCAUGUUGCAGGUUGAAGUUGGAAGUACUGCUUGGAGUAGGAGCAUUGUCGAGAUUGAAAGCGCAAUGUAUGGUCGCGCCGAGUACCCACAAACAGAGGCGGUCCUGUACCAGACCAUGACUCCUACUUUAGUUGUCGCUCAAACUCAAAGCGUUAGCGUGCUUCAGGAUGCGUUCGUCGACUGCAUGUCCCGAUUGAAUGCCGUCGCCCAUGAUCUGGAUUCUGUUCAAGCUUCAGAACGUGUCGCCAAGUUUGAUGAUGUGGUGCGUACAACAUUGCCCGGCACCCGGCACCACUGGUAUGCCUUGGUUGGCAAGAUUUCGGAGCUCUGGCUUGCUAAGGACGAGCAGUCGGCCCAGCUAGGCGAUCGAUUGAUGGGACAAAUCAUGGCAAUGCAUCCUCGUCACCAUUUGACCACGCGUCCGAACAACCGUGAUCCUCAUUCAGGCCCGCAUCAGCAUGGCGAGGAAACCGAGCUCGACUUCCAGUAUUAUGAUCAAGUGAUUGUGUAUUCUCUACUCGAGUACGCCUACCUGAGACGCGGUAUGGCUGGACCUAGUGUUCGCUGCGGUGAAAAGGCAUGGGCACUUUUGAGCGAGCGCCGUCGGGCUCUUGCCGCCAAGGUGCCAAUGGGACCUGUUCGUGCACCUGAAGCCGUUUCCGGGUUGGAGGAAGAAGACAAUGAUCAGGCAUUGUUGAGUGUGGCCUACUUCGCUAUGAACCUGACAGGCUUUGUUGAGAUCAAGGCGCGUAUUGGAUUGUGGCGCGGAGUCGAAGCCUUGAGCAGUUUGAUCAAGCAGAACCAAGGCGAAGGCCAAGGCGGGGACGAAAACAUGUCACAGUCGGAGAUCCUGGAUCAUAUUCGAACAACGCUGCUGCCCCUGACAGUGCAUCUGCGCCGUCAACUCGAUGAUGAAUUGACGACUAUGUUGGCAAUGAUGCAGAUGGUUUCGAAUUCUACGAGGAGUAAGAGACAGCGACGCGGAAAAGGGUUGGGAGCUAUGUCAGGGGCUGUAGUACGAGCUCUUUUUUUCGUAAUAUCUCAUUCAUCUCUACCCGGUUGGCCCAUUCGCAAAACCACCAUCUCCAAUGUUCCUUUUUUAUAUGAUAAUAGAUUUUUCAUAAAGGCAGCAAGUCUUAACAUUGAUUUAUUCAAUCUGGCCUGGGUCGCGAUCAUAUGGGGCGUCCAUGUUGGUUGCUCCUCCUCCCUCCUUCCCCUCCCCCCUUCCUUCCCCCGAGGUUUGCUUUCGACCUCUGCCAUUUGUUCUGGAUCUCCUGGAGCUCCACUGCUGCAAACCGACCGAAGCCUUCCCUUUGUGCUUAUGGGUAGUGGUAGUGGUGAUGGUAGUGGUAGUGAUACGAUUUCUAUGAGGCCUGGUGGUGCCACCGGCGCUUGCACCGGGGUCCGCAUGAACUUUGUCGGGCGUUUUUGUUAGUUCAGCUGUGACAUACAGACGCGGCUGAUGUUUCCCCGCCAACAGCGUCCCUAUCAAAGUGCAGUCGAUAUGAGGGGCAGUGUCCGAACCUGCCUUCUAUAUCCUUCAAACCCAUCACAGUCGAGCCGCGAGCACUCGAUAUUCAGUUCCU